AUGGCAAGCAUUGAUUCAGGAACCAAAGUAAAGAAAGGAGCGGGUGGAAGAAGAGGUGGUGGUCCGAAGAAGAAACCUGUUUCCCGUUCUGUUAAAGCCGGUUUACAGUUUCCGGUCGGUAGGAACGGUCGGUAUCUAAAGAAAGGUCGCUACUCGAAGCGUGUCGGAACCGGAGCUCCGGUGUAUCUCGCCGCCGUGCUAGAGUACCUUGCUGCUGAGGUUCUUGAGCUUGCUGGUAACGCAGCCAGAGAUAACAAGAAAAAUCGUAUCAUACCACGCCAUGUUUUGUUAGCCGUGAGGAAUGACGACGAGCUAGGAAAGCUACUCAAAGGCGUAACAAUCGCACAUGGAGGAGUUUUACCUAACAUAAACCCAGUUCUCCUCCCAAAAAAGUCUCAGAAAGCAGCUUCAACUACAAAAGUGACCAAGUCAACAUCAAAGGCUACCAAAUCCCCUAAGAAGGCAUAGUUCUCAUUACCAUGUAAACUCAGUUGUAAACAAUGUGUAACGUUCACUCGUUCAGACAAGUCUGGUUAUCGUUGUAAAUUAAGAUAAUUUUUAGUUUGUAAUAAGAGAUGGUGCGUUUUAUAUAUGCUCCAACCUUAUAUCAGAAGAAACGAAUUGUAAAAAGAAUUGAUAUGAACAAUGUAUUAUUCAAAUA